AUGCCCAGGGCCGCCGGGCGGGGAGGGCCGGGACGUCCCGCAGCCGGGGCCGGGGCGGUGCCGCCGGAGGGACCGUCCCUUUCCCUCGCCCCGCCGGGGCGGGCCGGGGCCGUGCCGGUGCCCGGGGCCGCACCGCACCGGGCGGGCGGGGGGUCCCGGCGGUGCCAUGGGGCCGGGGCGCGGGGCGGGCGGGGGCGGCGUGGGGCCGUGGCGCUGCUGUGGGUGGCGGCCGUGCUGUGCCAGCUGGGCAGCGGCAGCGUCCUCCGCCGCCGGCUCCACGCCGCCGGGGUCCCGCAGCGGCGGCUGAGCGGCGGAGAGCGGCGGGACGUGCAGCGGGAGAUCCUGGCCGUGCUGGGGCUGCCCGGCCGGCCCCGGCCCCGCGCCCCCGCCCGCGCCCCCGCCGCCGCCGCGCCGCUCUUCAUGCUCGACCUGUACCACGCCGUGGCCGGCGAGGAGGAGGAGGAGGAGGACGGCGAGGAAGCGGCCGUGUCGCGGCCGGUGCUCACCGGGCUCAGCACCCAGAGCCCCCCGCCCGGCAGCGUCGUCAGCCACGCCGACACCGUGGUCAGCCUCGUCAACAUGGUGGAGCAGGACCGGGACGUGUUCUCUCCAAAGCCGUACUGGAAGGAGUUCAGGUUCGACCUGACCCAGGUGCCCACGGGCGAGUCCGUCACGGCCGCCGAGUUCCGCAUCUACAAGGCCCGGGGGGUGCCCCGGCACGGCAACAACAGCCUCCACAUCAGCAUCUACGAGGUGGCUGCAGAGCACUCCAACAGGGAAUCUGACCUAUUCCUGCUGGAUGUCCAGGACCUGCGUGCUGGGACGGAGGGCUGGUUGGUGUUUGACGUCACAGCCGCCAGCAACCACUGGUUACUGGAUCAGAAAUACAACCUGGGGCUGCGGCUCUACGUGGAGACAGAUGAUGGGCACAGCGUCGAUCCGGGCUCGGCGGGGCUCUUGGGGCGCCGGGGGCCCCGCUCCAAGCAGCCCUUCAUGGUGACGUUUUUCCGGGCGAGUCCCAGCCCUGCCCGUGUCACACGAGCGGCCAAACCCCCCAGGAGGCGGCAGCCCAAGAAGACCAACGACCUCCCGCAUCCGAACAAGCUCCCGGGAAUUUUCGAUGACGUCCACACCACGGAUGGGAGGCAGGUCUGCCGGCGCCACGAGCUCUACGUCAGCUUUCAGGACCUUGGCUGGCUGGACUGGGUGAUUGCUCCACAGGGAUACUCAGCCUAUUACUGCGAGGGGGAGUGUGCCUUCCCCCUGGACUCCUGCAUGAACGCCACCAACCAUGCCAUCCUGCAGUCCCUGGUCCACCUGAUGAAGCCUGAGGCCGUGCCCAAGGCGUGCUGUGCCCCCACCAAGCUCAGUGCCACCUCUGUCCUCUACUACGACAGCAACAACAACGUCAUCCUCAAGAAGCAUCGCAACAUGGUGGUGAAAUCGUGUGGCUGCCACUGAUGGACAGGUCCCAUCCCCAUCCCUGAGCAUCCCAUCUCCAUCCCUGAACAUCCCAUCCCCUCCCCACCAGAGCAAUGUGACACUGGGUUUCUGCUGGAUAUGUGGAAGAGGAGUUUCAUGGGCUGCAUCAGAGCAAAGUCCAUUGAUAGUAAUAAAUAAUAAAAAUAAAUCCCUCCCACCCCUUCCUAGAAGUGGAUGUAAAUAAUAUAAAACUUCUAUUCUCUUACCCCGCUUAAUGAGACGCAUAGAUACGCCCAAACAUACAUACAUAUAUAUAUAUAUAGGGAAGAGAGGAUUUGUGGUUUGUUCUGUGUCUGGUUUGUCUGUGGCUGAUGUGUUUUCCUCUCAUGCUGCUGCAGUCUCUGGUGGAAGCAGUUUGGGCUUAAGGGUAAUUAGGACAAGGGAGGCAGUAUCUGAUUUGCUCUGGGAUUGAGCCGUUCCUAGCUGUGUAUUUCUAACUAACCUGCCUCUACCCAGUGCUUUUAAUUCCCUUAAUGAAAAUAUCAUCAGCCAAUUAAGCAGCUGGCUGACUAACCCGCUCCUGUUUACCUAAAGUUCACCAAACUCAGCCACUUGGAAAAAAAAUAAAAUAUCCAUAUUGAGCUACGGCACUGUUAUAAAAUAAACACCUAGUUUGGAAAGUAAACACGGAGUUUCUCUUGCUCUUUGUUUUUUAAUGUCACAGCACAACAGUGCUCUGUUUGGAGGACAUUUCGCAAUGAAAAAAUACUCAGAAUC